UUGCGAUUCACGGCAGUAUAAGAUAAGUAUUAGUUUAUCAAACAGAUUGAAAAAGGAUUUUGCGGGAAAACCCGACAAAUAUGCAAUCAUCAACCCGGUCGAGAGCCGAUAUGACUGCCAACUUUGUUGCUAAAGUCGCACGUGUCAGAUUGGAUGCAACAAGAGAAACCGUUUGCGUACGAAAAUAAGCCUCUUCGUGUUCAACUACUUCUCACGCUCCAAUCGAUCAAUUGACUUAUAAGAGAGAGAAGUAUACGUAGCACUAUAUAACAAAUUUAUUUAUCCGACAGCAGAAAUUGAGGGGAUUCACCAUUGAGUUUCGACGACUGACCACCACUGGAAUAACUCGGGCAUGGCUCGGUAGAGCCGGUAGAGCAACAUUCUGCAUUCUAUGUUUAACCGGCAACGCUAAAGGAUUUAUUAGUGCCUCUAUGGAUUGGCUGUGUGUAAAAAAGCAUUUAAACUGUGCAUUUUCCUGUCCCAAAAGUCCAUUCAUGGUGGUAGAAUUCACCAAAGAUGAUAUUGCUUACAACUGCCCGCGAGUUCGACAGAACCCUAAUGCUCAAAGGUUUUACUAUCUGAAAGAGCACUGUCUGGCGAACAACCUUCUCUUCGAAGAUCCCGACUUCAAGGUGGAGAAGCAACCCCUUCUAGGAUACCAACUAUCUACGCAAACCAAACUGAAAUGGUUACGUCCGCCAGAGUUCGUCGACGACCCGCAGUUCCUCGUCAACCAGCCAUCCGGUUUUGAUGUCCAUCCGGGAUACCUUCCCAGCAGAAGUCUAAGCACUGCCCUACUGAACCUCUACGCCAACAAACGAACAUUUCGGCGAACCGUCCCGCACGAUAAUUCAUUCUCCGGGUCGGAAUACGCCGGGAUAUUCCACUUCCGCUUCUGGGACUACGGGCGCUGGCUAGACGUUGUUAUUGACGAUCGUCUGCCGACGAUAGACGGAAGGCUUCUGUUCACCCGGUCCAGCCGUCCCAACGAACUGUGGUGCUCACUGUUGGAGAAAGCCUAUGCCAAGUUUCUUGGGUCGUACAACGCCCUGAAGGAUGUAACGAUCAGCGAAACCAUGCAAGACUUUUCCGGUGGCGUUACGCAGUGUUACUGGUUCAAUGAGUGCAACUUGCCUCCGGAAUAUUUCUAUGAAUUGAUCGAAAGAGGGCUGGAUAAAGGGUCGAUGAUUGCUGGAAUUCGUUUGCAUAGAAACCAAAGUUUGGAAGACCGUUCUUGCCAUGUUCAUCCGAUUACUCAAACGAUGGCUUCAGGUUCCCGCCUUGUUUGCUUGGGUUACUUCUGUGACCAACAAACAAACCCAGAAGAGCCGAAGCCUAGCCAAGACCUUCCAAGGAGAUUCUGGUUAUGCAUCGAAGAGUUCAUGGACAGAUUCGAUGGAGUGGAAAUUUGUAGCAUAACGCCAGAUCCGCUGGGUGACCCCGAAGGCAGCCAACGGAUUUGGAACACCUCGUUCUACGAAGGCAUUUGGGUGUCGGGACUGACGGCCGGAGGUUCCAAAGAUCACAAAGUUUCCUACGGUAUGAAUCCAAGGAUCAGAAUUGAAUUGUCCGAUCCGGAUAAUGGAACCGCACUGUGUUCUCUAGUGAUAUCCCUCAUGCAGAAGCAACGUACGGGCAUGGUGCUCUGCUUGGUGAUUGGAUUCGAAGUAUUGUCCAGUAACAACAUAACUGUGGCCCGGACAAUCUAUUCCAACUCCCGAGAAGUAAGCUGCCGAUUACAACUGCCUCCUGGGAGUUAUACUAUCAUUCCUUCAACUAAACAACCAGACGAAAACGGUACGUUCCUUCUACGAAUCUUUACCGGACCCCAAGUCCAACAAGAAUCGGAAAAUGGUUUCGAAGUAAUCCACCCUGCCCAAACGUUGAUAAAAUCUGGCACCUGGGAGUCCAUGAUUCGUAUGUUCUUCGAUCUAGCAAACCACUUUGGAUUAGUAAGCUCUGCCGAUAUGGCUCUGAUAAUAAACGCCUACUUCCUGGAUUCUCCACCCAAACGCAAACGGAAACGCUGGCCUGUAUUCGCCAUUCCACUCAACAAACCGGUUAUACUGCCGGUUAACAAGAAUAUAAUCCGAACGAUGUACAAGAACCACGCUUUCCAAACGGCAUUAACGGAACAUAUCACUUGCAUGCAAAGGGAACGCUCAAGAAGUUUAAAUUUUGAACAUUUUCUGGAAAUCCUGGCCGAACACUGUCACAACUGGCAGCAGAUGUACAAUCUAGUUCAAUAGGAAAUUCCGUAGUUUGAAGAAUCAAUAAAAAUAAACUCAUUCUUAAGUAUUUGCUCAA